GGCGAAGCUGCACAAAAUGUCAUCAAAUUGUGCACGCCUCAUCAAGCUCAUUAUUAUUGUUGUUUUUGUAACACUCUCUCUCGAGUCUCUCGAGGACUGAUGUUGCUGCACACAGCAUAAUAAUGAUAGGGAGAUAUGAUGUCGGAGGAAGUCGGAGGCUGUCAAGCUUGGACUUGGGAAGAACCUGACCGGCGGGGCGGCCGGGAGUCGCAGACAAUGAAGCCCGUCCUCUCCGCUCCGGAGGCCCAUCAAUGGGCGUCUAUGCUCGUCGAUGGCAGAAGGGUCGCGGCGCGCGCACGUGGAGGCGGAAAAGGGUAGACCUGUGGUGGGAGCGUCGCGCAGUCUCGUCAGCAGCGGCGCACAGCAAAAGGGUCGCGUCGCCCAAGAGGAAAGCUACUGGUGGUGGUGAGGGCGCACGGCGGUUUAUAUGUCUAUGGGCCUCGUCUUGUUGAGACGGGCAAGGCCGGAGAGCAGACUGGUCGUGAUACCAACCACCACGCCGCCGUCGGGCCAGGAGGAUGACAGCCAAUCACAGCCCUCGACACGGACAGGUGCGCAGGGGGUCCGAGCUCCCUUCCCCUAGAACAAAACAGGCCGACGAUUAAGCGUGCCUUCUUGCGCAAAAUCUGCGCUCGCACUCUUUCCUCUCCCACACUUUCCCCGUGACAAGACCGUUCAGUCUCUUUCCAGCUCCGUCGUCCAUCCAUCACCAAACCUCGCUCUCCCUCUCCGCUCCAUCCAUCACCGACACCCCCCCUCCCCAUCAACUUCCAUCUCCUCCAUCCCGUGACAGCUUCCAUUUCCAUCACCGCCACCACCAUGUCUUCCUCUCUGCGCAUGGCCGUGCCCAAGAUGGCCUCUGUGGCCGCUCAGAGCACCACCAAGGUCGCUCGUCCAGCUCAGUUCCAGCACUUCACCCGCGCCUACUCUGCUGCCACCCGCAACACCGCCACCUUCAACACCAUGAAGCGCACAUCCACCAUGCUUCAGGCUGCCCGCACCAAGGUCUCCCCCAUCGGUGCCCAGGCCAAGCGCGCCUACUCCUCCGAGAUGGCCAACGCCCUCGUCCAGGUCUCCCAGAACCUCGGUAUGGGUAGCGCUGCCAUUGGUCUCGGUGGUGCUGGUAUCGGUAUUGGCCUCGUCUUUGCCGCCCUCCUCAACUCGGUCGCCCGCAACCCAUCUCUCCGUGGUCAACUCUUCUCCUACGCCAUUUUGGGUUUCGCUUUCGUCGAGGCCAUUGGUCUCUUCGACCUCAUGGUUGCCAUGAUGUGCAAGUACGUUUAAGCGACUCGAAUUACAGCAUAGCGGGAUCCCUUUGGCCGGAGUAUUGUAACAGUAACGACCAAGAGCAUCGGGGAAUAGACUCCACGAGAGAAGAGAGGUCUACAAGGCGGUAUCUGCGCGCUCAGUCGAAGCUGACACUCCUGUACAUACUCGACUACUCCGAGCUUGGCUCGACCCUCCUCAUAGCAUGAGGAAAAACCACUUCCAUUUGUCCUGUCUUUCUCCAUCUCUUGAUUGGUGAUUCCACCCUCUUUUCUCACAUUUGGGGGGAGGCCGAGUUGGCCUAGCCGGGCACAUCCGACGAAGCACUUGGCAUGACAUGGUCUGGUCCAUCGGUAUUAUGCACUACUGACACUACUGACUACUGAACAACACAGCACGCAGAUGUGGGCGCACGCGAGAUGGACGAGCGAAACUUUGAGACACACCACACAGCCUCGACGCU